CCCCGUUUACAGGAGCUUUGCCAUGCAAGUUGAGGUGACAUCGGCUCACAUCUCCGGCGACAGCGCUUAUCAGCGGGUCUUAUCGCACUUGUCUCCGCACUGUUUCCCCCGCAAAUAAAUGGAGCUCCAAAUCCGCUUCGUAUUGCGGUAUUUUGUUUCUUCCUUCCUGCAGGCUUCUCUUCAGGUAAGCUGUCACUCACAAUGCUUCCUCCGUUUGAUUAUUUUACAUACCGUAGCGUCCGGGAUUUCAAGAGAAGGGAACGGGCUGCCCGCUUUGCUUCUCUUCCCGCAGCCUAUCACGCCCCUUUCACGGAUUUUGACAAGCUCGUCAUUAACAAACCCAUUGAAGAGCUGGUCCAGGAAGUCCACUCUUCCUCGCUUUCGGCAGCUGACGUACUCCAAACUUACGGCAAGGUAGCCGUCAAUGCUCAAGAAAAGACCAACUGUGUAACAGAGCUCCUCCUUCCUGAGGCAGAGUCAUGGCUGCAGUCAGAGGUCAACCUCAAGGGCCCAUUGGCAGGUGUGCCUGUCUCCUUGAAGGACUCGGUGCAGGUCAAGGGGUUCGAUAUCAGUCUUGGGUACACAAAGCUGGCUAAGAAGCCGUAUACUGAAGAUGGCCCUAUGGCGAAGUUGUUGAAGGAUGCUGGUGCUGUGCCCUAUGUAAAGACGGCCCUGCCAGUGACCCUUUUGUCCUUCGAAUCUGCGAAUGCGCUUUGGGGUCACUGCUGCAACCCACAUGUUCCAGAGUACUCCCCUGGAGGAUCGACUGGUGGUGAGGGUGCGAUACUCGCUCUGGGUGGCCGUAUUGGCAUUGGCUCAGAUGUCGCGGGCUCUGUUCGCGUCCCGGCUGCCUGGAGCGGUAUCUACUCUCUGCGUUGUAGUACUGGCCGCUGGCCCAAGGUUGGUGUCAACACCAGCAUGGCUGGCCAAGAGGGCAUCCCAAGUGUCUUCAGCCCCAUGGCUCGUACCUUGAAUGACCUCACCUAUUUCACCCAGGCCAUUAUUAGCAUGAAACCCUGGAAGUACGACUACACGGUUCAUCCCAUUUCCUGGCGCGAUGAAGAGCAAUCCGAAGCCAAGAGCAAACGUCUGCGUAUUGGACUGAUGUCUAGUGAUGGAGUCGUACCGCCCACCCCAGCAAUUAAGCGCGCCCUCUCUACCACCAUCGCUGCUCUUACCGCAGCCGGCCAUACCGUCUCCGAGAUCACACCCCCAGCAACUGCCGACCCAUUCACAGGUCUCCAACUUGCCUCCCAGCUCCUCAACUCUGACGGCUGCGUCACGUUCAAUUCUCACCGGUACAACUUCGAGCCCUCGGACCCAGGCGCAGACCAACUCACCCGCAUCUGCAACCUGCCCCGUCCCCUCCGCUACCUGUACUACCUCUACGUCCGUUACAUCAGAAGGGACUUCAAAUGGGCUAGCCUGAUUCGCACCUUCUCUCCCAAAUCCUCCGCCGAAACCUGGAAGCUUGUUGCCAAGCGCGAAUCCUUCCGGGCUACCUGGCAUGCCUGGUGGGAUGCCCAACCCCAGCAGUACGAUUUCAUCUUGUGUCCCGUUAAUGCCACUCCCGCCCUUCCGCACAAGGCCAUGCGCGACGCCGUCUCCUCCUGCGGGUACACCUUCCUCUGGAACCUCCUCGACUACACAGCUGGUGUGCUCCCUGUGUCUCACGUUGACCCCAAGAAGGACGCGCUCUCCGCGCCCUACAAGAAGAUCCUCAAGGGACUCGGUGCCAACAACGCCAUCGCAAAGGGCGCCUGGAUGCACUAUGACGCGGUAAAGAUGGCCGGCCUGCCCACGGCGGUGCAGGUGGUGGGCAGAAGAUGGCAGGAAGAAAAGGUCCUUGGAUACAUGGAUGUCGUUGAGAGGGCGUUGGAACAAUACGGGGAGGACGGCAAGUAUACCUUGAUUGAGCUUGACUGAUUUAAUUAGCUUCGGUGGAGUCGCAUUGAAAUAUCCCUGGUUAAGCUUCUGGGGGUCUGUGCUUUUGCGCCUAUCACUUGUCAGAUAUCCAGAUGUGGUGACAUCAUUGGAUCGGAGAUAGAACACAAUUAGGAAAGAGUCGGAUGGCGGAAGUCCAGAUUUUCAAGGCCAAACUAUAUCUCUCUCUACAGUGUAACCUCUACCCGCUUUUCUCUCUCUGAGAUCCAUGGAUGCUUUAAUUAAUAAACCGUAGAAAUCCAGCAAACACAUACCAUCCUUAGAAUAUAUGUAUCAUUUAAUUCAUAAACACCACACUCUCCCAAUGACCCAGCUUCAGU